AUGUAUUCAUCCGUAGUGAACAUCCAAGGUGUUGGCGUUGAGACCACAGUCUUAAACACUGCAUCUUCACUCGGGAGCUUCAUUGAGUUAACAAUGAAUUCUUCUUUUGCCGACAUGUACACUAACACCAGGCCGGUUGUUGGCCUCGACAUUGAAUGGAACUCAAGCUCUCCCAACAGCAAGGUUUCAAUCCUGCAACUCUGUUCUGACACUCGCUGCCUCAUCAUACAACUUCGUCACCUGGGUUGCAUUCCUCUCCCACUCAUGCGCUUGCUAGCCUGCUCUCCUGGAGUCAACUUUGUUGGUGUUGGAAUCACAGAAGAUGUGUCCAAGCUUUGGAGGGAUUAUGGAAUUAUUUUUGAGUACACUGCCGUCCAUGAAUUGGGCCCAUUGGCUGCAAGGGUUCUCAACAAGCCUCAUCUUACUCGGGCUGGGUUGGCUGAGUUGGCUCGGGAGGUUGUUGGGCUUAAUGUGGAGAAGCCAACGAGUGUUACUCGAUCUAACUGGGAUGCUACCUAUCUCAGUGCUGAACAGAUUAAGUAUGCCACUAUUGAUGCCUAUGCUUCAUUUUUGAUUGGGAAGAGAUUGUCGGGAUGA